AGCGCCGCACUCAUCUCUAUCACAGGUGGGACAACAAGCAUAAACAGACAUGAAAAAUUGAAAAUCGAGAAUGUUUAUGUUCCGAAACUGUGCGGUUCUGCUGGUGAUCGGCUCAAUAUGCUGCCUUAUCUACGGCCUGUUCAAUUUGCACGUGGAGGUGGAGCCAAAUGCUUGCCGGAUGACCUACAUGUUUGGCGAGCCAAUGUUUGCGAAAGUUGGAGUCAAGGAUGGCGAUCAGUAUCCAAAUUACGGACUUUACUACUACUAUGAGGGCGUGCGACAGCCGCUGGAUCCGCUUAAGCGUCGGAUGACAGGUGCUCCGGUGAUUUUCGUUCCCGGCAAUGCCGGUUCGUACAAGCAGGUGCGCUCUCUGGCGUCCGUGGCGCUGCGCAAGGCCAUGUCGGACGAUGCGGGCAUCCACCUAGACUACUACACCAUUGACUACGACGAGGAGUUGUCUGCCUUGUACGGGGGCUAUCUGCCUCGCCAGCGGAACUAUCUAAAGCUUUGCAUCCGCACUAUUCUGUCGAUCUACGAGGGGCGCGCGGAGCAGCCCUCCAUCGUGCUGAUUGGCCACUCAAUGGGUGGAAAGCUGGCCCAGUCGGUGUUGGUUGAUCCGGCCAUUGGUCAGCACAUCAAUACAAUUGUCAGCAUCUCCACGCCGCUGGAUCAGCCGGUGCUCAACCUAGACGCCGAGCUGGAGUAUUUUUACGACCAGACGAACGCUAUGCUAAGCAAGCUACGCACUGCAACGGUGCCCACGAUGAUCACGAAUGUGUGCGACAGCCUGCACCAGCGACCCCCAAGUGUGCAGCGAAUGGCCAGCCAAGACAGCUCGGCGCGGCUGGACAACGUGCUGCUCAUUUCCACGGGAGGCGGUAAUAGAGAUUUGCUGGUGCGCCCCGGUCUCACCAGCUCUCGGUUUAACGAUUUACAUGCCAUGACCUCGGCUAUACCCAAAGUUAGUCUGAGCUGCGACCAUUUAUCCGCCGUGUGGUGCUUGCAGUUUAUGCAGACCAUAAAUCAUUUUCUCUUCAGCAUCGCGUAUGUGCGCGAGGAUCGCUCAUCAAUCGUAUUUGGCACCAACAAGCAGCGCAACCUGCAGUCGGCCCUAGCCACCUUUGUCAAGCCACGAAGACGUCAACAGAGCACACAGAGAUUCGGAGCCGCUGGAAACUGGCACGAGGAGCGUCGUCUCGUGAUAAACAAGUACUUUACUAACGGACUCAAGGGCACCUUCUUUGAUUUAGUAGGAUUGCUCCGUCAGGAGAGAUACAAAAAAACCGCCAUCGAGGCUUUAAAUGUUGAUGAUGAAGACUGGUUGUUUGGCUGCUCGGCCCUGGACAACAAUAAGACGGCACAGCUAUAUUGCGAAAAGGCCACCUCGCUGAUGCACCUCGUCCAGCGACUGCCCAACGAAGAUCGCGAUCCCCGUAGCAUUGCCAUCUUAGACCUGCACAACCUGCGCAAGACCUACGUGCAGUGGACCCAUGUGCUAGUGCGCCUGCCACCGAGCACCAAGCGAAUUGGCUACAACCUGGACAUCUACGAUCCCCAAGAGCGGGUGACGGACAUCAAGAUGCCACGCUGGUACACCAUGGCAAGACUGCCUAUAAUAAACGAAACUCUUCAAGGCACGCUGCAUCAUCGGCUACGCAUCUCCGAGAUGGUGGAUCCAUACCAGAGCAUUCGAGUGAUUGUAGAGCCGCUGCAGUGCAUCAGUUCGGAGUACAGAGUGACAGCCAGGAUAUGUGUUCCCUGGGCUGCUGGCUUCGAACGUUUCCAGACCCUUAAAUCUUUUGAUCAGAAACCUCAAUUGUAUGUAAAUGUACCCACCUUAGUGCCCAGGCAUUACAAUACUACGCUUAAUCCUGUGACACUGGAUCUUUACCUGGAUCCCACUUGUCGCUAUCGAAUCAGCUAUGAGUACUCCUACUCCUCUGCAUUAUCUCGACUGGUGCUCGAGUUUUACGGCUGGAUGCCGGCACACCUGGUCUGCGUUCUACUGAUUGUGCUAAGGAAGCAAGUUGAAACCUUCCACCAGGUUGGAACUUUUCGUAGCCUGCGGCCUUAUGUGGGUUACAUGCAGUACACCUCGCUCUAUGUGGUCACAGCCUGUCGGCUUCUAAAGAAGCUAAUCAUAACCAGCAGCAUGCUGCCGGAGCCAGAACCCCUGGACUACAGUAUCAAUGUCUCCAUUGUGAUCCAUUGUGCAGCCAUUGCCUUGUCCCUGCUGGCCACUCUGGGCACUUGGUUGGCCUUGACGCUCUAUGGCAACGCCUUCUACCGCUUGGCUCUGCGGAUAACACGCCUUUCCCAGCCAACCUCCAACGUGAUGAUAUCGAUCAUGACCCACUUGCCUAUAACGUUCGGUAUCCUGACCAUUGCCACAGCUGUAGGAACCUGCAGCGGAGUGGGUCUUCUCCUGGCCUUCAUAUUCUAUUUCCUGAUGCUAUCGAACGCAUAUAAGGAUUAUUUGGAAGACUUUCUCUGGCAGAAGGCGGCUAAUUUGGUGCGUGGAAUGCCUGCUGCGGGGGCAGCAGAAGAACCUUCGAGCUGCGAAGAUGCAGCGAAGGAACAAAAUGCCGAACAGGAAGCUUUGGAACAGAAGGGUGGACAACAGGAGGAGGACGAGGACCCGGAGCCCUGCGUGGGCUUGCACAACUUCUCCUUUCAUGUCACUUUGCUGCUGAUGUUGCUCAUGCAGCUGCUGCUCAAUUCUCCUAGCAGUUUGGCCUGGGUACGCAAUCGCCGGCAUGGCAUCGACCUGCCGGAUCCGAGUUUAUAUCCCAGCAUCGUAGUCCUGGCAUCACUUAGUUUGCUCCUGCAACUAAGGGCUCCCCAAAAAUGUCAGGGAUACUGGAUGCUUUCCCUCGUUUUUUACGUUCUGGCCGGCGUGGUUUUACUGUACUGUCAGGCGGCUAUCUACAGGCUGACUUUUGUGAUUGCCGGUGCCUUUGCCCUGCUCUCUGCCCACCAAAGUCUUUGGAUCCUAUGGCGUCGCCUGUCACAAAUCUAGUUUACAUUUUGUCCUCCAAGUUAUUAUUCGUUAAUUAUUGCUGCGUUAGUUAAUUCAGUCCGAGAUUGGAGUCGUGGUCGGCAG